AUGCGUCUUAAGAAGUCCGAGUCGCUGUUCUCUGAACCCCAAUUCAGUGCCUGGAUCCGAUACGUCGACGAUUUAAAUAAACUGUCCAAGGAGGAGGUGUCUGCGGUCUCGAUACUGAUUGCCCACUACGGAGACGAAAUACUGUAUGAAAUGAUUCUCAAGGCCAAGGAGGUCGCAGGGAUGGAGAGACUCGCAGCAAGACUUCAAGCGGAGCAAAUGAAGCAUUGGAUCAUCAAUCGAAAGAAUCCGGACGAAGUAUAUGAAUUGUUCCACCUCCACUGGCCGCUACUAUCAAGCGUUCUCAUCAACCCUAAUUUCCCUGCCUGGGUCAAAUACGUAGACGACUUAAAUGCAAAACAUCCCGAAGCCCACAUAUCGACGAUCUCAACGCUGAGAAAGCAACAGGGUUUAAACGAUCCUAUAUUGGUCCAUUUGAUUGGAGAAGCGAAAGCAGUGGAAGGAUUCAAAAGCGCCGCCACCAAAGUGGAGGACGAUCUGAUUGACGCCUGGCUAAACGCUGCAAAAUCUCCAGAUAAUGCACUGGCUGAGCUCGGGUUUAGUACAGCAACGUAUAACAUUUUGGGUAACCCGGCGUUGGACACUUGGAUCAAGUACACAGAUGCUUUCAACAGGAAAUAUCCCGACAAGGGAACAACAAUGUUCGAGACGUUCGUGCGGAUGUAUGGGGAAGACAAGCUGGCUUUGAUGGUUACUGCAGCGAAAAAGAAUGAGAAUACGGAUGAUAUCGCCAGGGAGCUGGAAUCUGCACUGCUUAAAAAAUGGUUGAGCAGUGGAAAGACUAUUGACGAUGUCUACUGGAUACUGAGACUUUACUUGUCAAGGUAUGAUUUCUCCGACAGAUCCAAUCUCAGCAUUUGGGUCUCGUACCUGAAUACCGUCGUCACUGACAACCCCAGCAAGGUGUCUGAAGUGUUCACAUAUUUGAAAAAGAACAGUGAAACCCACAAAGCUCUUCUUCGAAUCCUUGCAAUAGCCAGGAAAUUCCCCAAAUUGGAAAGCGCUGCAGCGAAGUUACAGAUGGAGACGCUUCAGCAAAUUUUCGCGAGUGGAAUAUCUGUUUCGGCUACUAGGGUUUGA